AUGAAGGUCAUUAUCGUCGGAGCCGGAAUUGGCGGACUUACGGCGGGAAUCGCCCUGCGUCGUAAGGGCCACGAUGUCCAAAUAUUCGAACGAUCCAGUCUCCUCAGCGAAGUCGGGGCCGCCAUCAACGUCUGCCCCAACGCCUCACAAAUUCUUUCACAGUGGGGAUUCGACUUCGAACGCUCGGGCAUGGUCAGCGCGCGCAACCACAUGAAAGCAUCUGGUCGCACCCUCGACGUCGAGUCCUCGGUAACCUAUCCCGACUUUACGCCCAUAUACGGAGGCCCCUGGCUGCUAGCCCACCGGGUCGAUCUGCACAACGAACUACGCAGAGUAGCGACCGGCACUGAAAAGCCAGGGAAGCCGGUCGAGCUCACCCUGCGCGCAGAGGUCGUCGACUACGACGUGGAAAACGGAUACAUCACGCUGGGCGACGGGUCCACUCACCAUGCUGAUCUGAUCGUGGGAGCGGAUGGGGUUCACGGAGACGCCGUCCGCCAUGUCCUUGGCCAUUCCCUCUCCUCGAUUGCCACGGGCUGGGCUGUUUUCCGGUGGCUGACGCCUAGCAAUGAGCUGACGGGGGAUCCUGAGAUCGCGCCUUUGCUUGAAGAUGCCCUCAGCGUGAGGGACGGCAUGACCAGGUUCCUUGCUACCGACGAGGAUAUGAGGCGGAUUGUGUGGUAUCCGUGUGCUGAUAAUACGCUCCAGAACUUCGUUGCUGUGCAUCAGGAUCGGCGGACUGAUGAUGAGCGAGAAGACUGGGACCGGUCAGCCUCGGUGGAGGAUGUGAUAUCGCAAUACUCCGACUUCCACCCUAACAUAAUCAAGAUUAUCAGAAAAGCCACUAACAUCAAACGCUGGCCCCUCCUCUACCGCGAGCCUAUCAAAACCCUAAGCAAAGGUCGGCUGGUCCUCAUCGGCGACGCAGCCCAUCCCAUGCUACCCCCAUCCACAGACCAAGGCCAAGGCGGCGCCCAAGCAAUCGAAGACGGCGCCGCACUCGGCGAGAUAUUCACCGACAUCGCAGAUAACCCUUCACUCGACGAGAUCCGCGCCCGUCUGGCAAUCUUCGAACAGGUGCGCCUCCGACGCGUCUCAGCGAUGCAGGUCCUCUCGGACGCAGGACAGGACCGGGUCUUUGAGGUGCGCGAGCGGGCAAAGCAGUAUAUGCCGCCGGGCGUGGAGGUGCCGUCUUCGAUGAAGGAGUUCCGGGAUCAUAAUUUCGGAUAUGAUGUGCUUGAGGACAGUCGGCGCCAUUUACGGGAGUAUUUGGAUGGUGUGAAGAAUUAA